AUGCAUAAAUUGGGGAGAGGUCAUCGGGAUAAACUCCAGCAGUUUGUAACAAUAACCGGAGCUAGCGAGAAAGUAGCAAUGCAGGCUCUGAAGGCUAGCGAUUGGCAUCUUGAAGGAGCAUUUGAUUAUUUUUACAGCCAGCCUCAGCUUAGAAAUGUAACUGAUUCUAGACACUUGGAGGAGCUAUACAAUAGAUAUAAAGAUCAAUAUAUUGAUAUGAUUUUCGCAGACGGCAUUACUCAACUUUGCAACGAUAUCCAGGUGGAUCCUCAAGAUAUCGUAAUGUUAGUUCUUUCAUGGCACAUGAAGGCUGGCACUAUGUGUGAAUUUUCCAAGAAGGAGUUCAUUGAAGGCUUACAAUCUCUGGGGGUUGAUUCGCUGGAUAAGUUCCGUGAAAAGAUACCAUAUAUGCGCUCUGAGCUGAAAGAUGAACAAAAAUUUCGUGAGAUAUAUAACUUUGCUUUUGGCUGGGCAAAAGAGAAGGGUCAAAAAUCUCUGGCAUUGGAUACAGCUAUUGGAAUGUGGCAAUUAUUAUUUGCCGAGAAACAGUGGCCACUGGUUGAUCAUUGGUGUCAGUUCCUACAGGCUCGACACAACAAAGCAAUAUCGAGGGAUACAUGGUCUCAACUUUUGGAGUUUGCAAAGACUGUUAGCUCCAAUUUAACUGAUUACGAUGCUGAAGGUGCUUGGCCAUAUCUUAUUGACGAGUUUGUUGACUAUCUGACCGAAAAUGGUGUUGACCAACACGGCCAGAUAAAUGAUUCUAGUCUAAAACGAUGA